CAUCUCAGAAUUUGGAGCACCCCUCUCUCUCUCUCUCUCUCUCUCUCACUUUUUACUCUCUCUCUCUCUUUCUCUCUCUCACCCUCUGACUUGAAUUUCUCUCUCUGUAUCUUCUCUUUUUCUGUAUGUUGAUUUUCUUCCCCUUGUCUAUAUGUAUUUGCAUUGUUCUCAUUUAACCUGAAAACCUAUGUGCUUUUCCUCUGCUUGUUUCCAAGCAGUAAAACUCAAGAACAAAGAAGAGGUGAAAGCUAGAAGAGAGAGAGAGAAAGAGAGAAUAGAGAUAGGAACUCACAUGCAUCAGCAACAGCCUCUUUACCCCCACUAGCUUAGGUGGGUUCUUUUUAUUUUUUUCCUUUUGUAGCAGAACGGAAGUGAGUGUGAGAGAGAGAAAGAGAUCUUUCAUUCCAAAAAACACUGAAGAAAUGACUAAAGAUGAAGACUUUAAGCUUCUCAAGAUCCAGACUUGUGUGCUCAAAGUGAACAUACACUGUGAUGGGUGUAGGCAGAAAGUGAAGAAACUUCUUCAGAGGAUUGAAGGUGUUUACCAAGUGGAUUUAGAUGCAGAGCAACAGAAAGUCACAGUUUCAGGAAGUGUAGAUUCUGCGACUUUGAUCAAGAAACUGAUCAAAGCAGGCAAGCAUGCUGAGCUCUGGUCUCAGAAAACCAACCAAAACCAAAACCAAAAACAGAAGGCCAAAGAUGACAACAAAAACAACAACAAAGGCCAAAAACAGCAAGGUUUGGCAAAGGGCCUUGAAGCCUUCAAGAACCAGCAACACAAGUUCCCCGCUGCAUUCUGCUCAGAAGAUGAUGAUGAUGAUUACUUAGAUGAUGAAGAAUUUGAUGAAGAUGAUGAGCUACAAUUCCUCAGAGAAAAAGCAAACCAACUGAAUCUGCUCAGGCAGCCGCAACAACAACAACAACAACAAGCCAUGGCUGCAAAUAAUGCUAUUAAGAAAGGAGGGGGCCUUGUUGGUGGGCCCAUUGCUUCAGCUUCCAACAAUGUUGGAAAUUUGAAUGUUGGGAAGCAAGGGAACCCAAAUCAUCAGAACAUGGGCAUGAAGGCCAACAACCCAGUUGGGAUUGAUCAGAAAACAAUGGCAGCAAUGAAAAUGAACAAUGUUAUGCUUCCUGGGGAGGCCUCAAAAAGGGCUAAUGACAUCAAUGCCAUGAUGGGUCUUGCUGGUUUUCAUGGAAAUGGAGCUAAUAAUGCUUCUGCUUCUGCUUCUGCUUCUGCUUCUGCUGUUGCAGCUGCUUUAGGAAACAAUUCCACUGGUGGUUUAGGAUUGGGGGGAGGGUUUCAUCAAGUCCAGCAGCCAAGCAAUGGGUUCCCACUCCAAGGGUCUUCUGGUUUAGCUACUGGUCAUCAGCAUCAUCCAUCAGCAGCAUCCAUGGUGAUGAACAUGAAUAAUGGGUAUCAUCAACAGUACAACAACUACCCAUCCUCAUCAGUGAUGAUGAACCUGCAGAACAGGCAUGCCUUGCAGCAACAGCAGCCCCAGCCACAGCCACAGAUGAUGUACCAAAGGUCUCCUUACAUUCCACCUAGCACUGGUUAUUACUAUAAUAAUAAUUAUAGCCCAGUCCUCCCAUACACCUACUACAGUGAGCCCAACCCCAGCAAUGAUCACUCUGCGACCCAUAUGUUCAGUGAUGAGAACACAAGUAGCUGUUCAAUCAUGUAGUGGAAAAUAUGGCAGAGAGAGAGAGAGAGAGAGGUCCUAACUUGCAAUUUCGUAGUUUAGUGGAGUAAAAGUGAGUGAGUUUUGACAAUGUUCUGAAAUGUGGGGGAAGUUGGUGGUCCUAUGUUGGAAUGGGAUGUCUGUCUUUUUAUCACUUUGUGAAUCUUCUUAAUCACUUUUAUUGUUGUGAAGUUGUUAAGAUGAUGUUUUAUUUUC